AUGCUUGAAUUACUUUUUUUCCUCACAGGAGUUGCUGAUGGCGUUGGUGGUUGGCGCGCUUACGGCGUCGAUCCUGGUCGCUUUUCGAGGGCUGUGAUGAGACAUUGCGAACGCCUGGUUCUUUCUGGUCGAUCAGAUUUACGAAAACCUUGUUUUCUAAUCGCACAGAGCUAUGAGGAUGUUUUGACUUCUAAAGAUUCCAUACUUGGCAGUGCAACUUUUUGCAUCAUCUGCUUGCAACGUGAUGAGCGGCGCAUUUAUACUGCCAGCCUCGGCGACUGUGGUUUUCUUGUUGUACGUGGUGGUCGUGUGAUUCAACGCUCAACUCACCAGAAGCACGCCUUCAACACUCCUUUUCAAUUGGCAUCUCCGCCCCCCAUCCACUCAAUUCAUUUUCACCAUGACCUUCCUGCUCAAGCUACCCAAAGCUCAAUCGAUGUGGAGCCCGGUGAUCUGCUAGUUGUGGGCACUGAUGGCCUAUUCGAUAACCUGACAGAGACAAUGAUCCUGGAGGAAGUGUGCACCAUCCGUUUAUCGGAUGAUGGCAUACUUGAAGGUCUGCAUCGAUGUGCUCGUUGCUUAGUCGACAGGGCCCGAAGCGCAGCGUUUACGCCCAACUUCCAGUCCCCCAUCGCCAAAGAAGCAAGGAGAUACGGUAUCAACAUAGUUGCGGGUGCCCCUGGUGAUGUUACUGUGAUCGUUGGUCUUAUUUUCCUUGACGAAGACCGUCCUCGAACUGCAGAAGAUCCGUGCCCCACUACCGGUUCAUGGGUCCGCGCCACUCCUCAGAUUUCUUCCGUCAUUCGUCGUAAUACGCAUAUAUAUUCUAACCCCAAUUCACUUUUGUUCGAGGCCGCUCCUUGCAACAUGCUUCUGAGGCGUUCCCAGUCUGUCCCUCGUUUCUGAUUUCCUCUCGUAAUUAUCAUAGAGACGCCUCGCGCCCAGUGUCAUUUUUCUCAUAUCUGUCACAGUAGUUUCUUACUUCUGCUCUGUGCAUUUUUGGAUUCUUGAACUCUUUAAAAAGUAUUUCUAAUCUCCGUCCCAGCUUGGAAUACAUUCUCUUAGCGAACCGCUCCCAGUCUGUCCAUUUUAAACGAUCCGAUUGGCAUUUACACUCAGCCUUUCUUACCCUUCGCACACACUAACUGCGUUCUCCUUAGAACCCACUCUUAUUGACUACUUGCAAUUCUGUACAAAACGCUCUUUCAAUUAAAUUCUUAUAACAGAUUGAUCCACCAUUUUUUUCCUAUCAUCAUUCACCUUACAACUCGAAUCUCAUAUUGCGCGAUUUGUCAUUGUCCUUUCUCAAUUCGUUAUACUUGUAGCCAAUAGUACACUCUCUGAUCCGAGUGUGAUGGCAUCUAAUAAUAAAUAAAUAACUUUUUUAUUCUC